ACGAAUGCGCUUCUUACCAGAAACGGAAGACUUCAAGAAGUCGAGCCACUUCACCAACUACAUGUACACAGUGGCCGGCCAUCUGGCCGAGAGGAUGUCUGGGAUGGGCGCCGCUACAGUUUCCGCGGCAGUCUGUACGCCUUCACGUCCCAGAUCUGGCUGUUCCCUGACGUGCGCGUGGCCGUGUACCUGGCGCUCAGCGGGCCUGGCUCGGAGCAUGCGCAGCGAGCCCUGGAGGCCAUCAUGUACAACACGGCGGACGUGGCUCUGCGCAAGGAGCCGUGGAUGGACACGGAGAAGGCGUGCUGCUGUCAGGAGAUGGACUACGACUACAAGGACUACUACUAUGAUGAAGACCACGACACGGCGCCUAUGGAACAGAGGCUGGUUCAGUACCUCGCGCCUGUGGACCGUUAUGUCGGGAAGUACGGUAAUGGAUUUGUUGGGAAUCUGAUCGUAGAGGCGAACGAAGCCGGCAUUUUGAAUCUGAUGCUUGGGAAGAACUUGAAAGGGGAGUUGACUCCUGAGAAGGCGGCGUCAAAAAUGAAAUUCAUGGCUUCUGAUUGGUUGUCGAAUACAGAGGAAUGGAGUAUGGAGAAGAUGGUAGAGUUUUUGUACAAGUCUGGCUCAGGGGCUGAGGGAGAAGGAAAACCGUACGAUAUUGUUCGUCUUCAUGUCUCUGACGCACUUUUCUACGAUUUCGAGCGCGGGAAAAUGUUUGAAACAAUGCUUUUGCCUGAAGAGAGUGAAGAAGUGAUGGACAACACAGAUAAAGAGGUUGCCGUAGCCCCUGUAGAAGAUAAUAACGCCAACGUGAUUCCUCAGGGGAAUGCAGGCGUCGACGACCACAUGACGGAAGACAACACCGGCAACAACGAGGUAGUAGAGGAGGAGGAGGAGAAGAAAGUCGAUGUCCUGAAAGAGGAGACGGCUGAUAAGGUCCCAGUUGACGAAACAAUCGACCCCCCAAAGGAGAAAGAAAUAACCGAAAGCAGCCCAGAUGUCACAAACGAAAAAGACGAAACAACUGAAGACAAAGACAACGCGAUUGUCGGCAAAGACGACACACAAGACGAUACCUCCGCCAAAGACGACAUGGAAGACGACUUGAAAAAUGGCCCCCUGAACGAUGACAAUCAGGCAAGCUCACCGGAAGAGGUACCGCCCAAGGAAACCGGAAGUGAAAAGUUCCUGGGGAGCGGACGUGACACCCACAGUCAUGCGCAAGGCGGCUAUGAAAUCGACGGCGGCGAUCAUGUCUCGGGGGUUCAUUCUGUCAAAGAUCAAGACCAAAGCAGAAGAGCGACAAAUGCAGACACUACCUCGGGACCCGGGAACGCCGCACAGUGUUUAACGCGGCCCUGGGUCUCCUUGCUACUAGCUUCUUCUCUUAUCAUGUACUAUAUCGCCAUGUUUUAAAAUAAUGUCAUUAUUUAAUUUCUCUUCAACUUCCACUUUAGGAUCUUCAAAGACUAUUCAUAGAUAGGUGGACUGAUAUAUUUACAUUACAAAAUGGGUCACUGUAGUAUUUAUUACAAAAUCAAUUUUCUAUAACUCUUUUUUUUCAAAUAUCAAGUGGCUGUUUCUAGCCACCUUUGCCCAUUGUUCUAACAUCGCGCCUUGAAAAAAAUCAUGUUGUGUACACUGUGGGUAGUGUGACUCAUCUCAUAGUACGUCAGCGUUUGUAAAGUGUUUGAAGGGUGAUCGUUGACAGGUUCUUGCUUCCUUGUGUUAUAUUGUUUAGCCUUCUUAUAAUACACUUACGAUGGUGCUGACGCAAGCUGGCCUCAUCUGAAAGGCUUAAAAGUGAUUGUUGGAAAUAUUCAUCCAGAGAUUUAUAGAUGUUCUUGUCAUCGUAUUUAGGCAUACUCUUAUUCUGAAGUAAAAGGAAAGCUGUAAAAUAGCUCUUUAACUACUUUGAGUCAUCAGAGGAAAGAGACUGAAUCAGUCGAUUGUUGUUUCGUUUUUUUGGUCAAAUAUUAAGUAAGCUCUCUCAGAAUAGUCCACCUUGCUAUUAGUGUCGUUGAUUUGCUUUGUAUCAAAGUGAACGGUCGAAGGGGCGAACGAUCAUGAAUCAGCUUCGUUUUCUUAACGAUACUUUCUUGGAGCCACUGUGGCUCAAAAUCGUCUCGUCAAUUUACAGGAAUUUCUGCUAUCAACGCAAUGCAUUUAUUGACUUGCUCUUUUGAACAAGAAAGUGUCAUAAAAAUAGAUAUAGAAAUCUUCAUGAACGCUGUUUGUAUUAUGCGGAAUUUUAUAACACAAACUAUUAGGAUUUCAAUCAGAACGAUACCACGCGACUUAGGCGAGAGUUGGCUCUGCAAAAACAUUCAGAACGGAAUAUCUUGGUCCAUAAAGUACUCAACGUUAUGAGCACGUAAAUAAAUUGUACUUCACGUCUCUUCUAGGCAGAUGACAUUGAUAGCCCGGGGUUGUGUAGGGGGUCGAUAUGAAGUACGUGUUUGUGUACUGAGUGGGCUGUACUGUGAUUGCUGCAUUCCUUUUAUGACGUCAUUGAUCUGCUCUUCACCUAUUGAAGUGACGCUUAAUCUGUUAUAAAUUAUAUUUAUCGAGUUUCUAUCCAAAUGCAAAAACCAUUUGAAAAUAAAUGUGUGGGUUUUUGUCCGUCCCAGUGGCAUUUUGAAUAUAAUCCAUAGAAGCAAUAAGUAGAUCUAGUAGGACUAUCAAAAGUUUGGACGGUAACGAGAAGGUUUUGGUGAUACGAAAAUUUCCUAUCGAUUGUCAAACGAGCCAUUGGUCGGAGCGGGGAUUUACUUUGUUACAGACUUGAUUCUACAGUGCCUUGUCUGUUUUGAAUGGUAGACUCUAUGGCUUCCCCGACGAACAUUAUAGAAUUAUUUACCCUUGUGGCGUUUCAUUUCUUUAGUUGUUUUUAUAAUUAUUUAUUUAUUUAUUUAUUCCUUUCUAAAGUACAAGUCAAGGUAGUAAACGAAACUCACUAAAUCGAGGUGGGAUUGUCCUUCAAACGCGAACUAUCUGAACUGAGCAGUCGAAAGCCACCCCUUUCUGACGUCACUGUGCUCAAACCUGGAAGUAGAACCCUGUAUUUUUAGCCUAGAGUAUACCAAUGAGUAAAUGUACUAUUUAAUUUUCGUAACGUUGAAUGCCUCAUGGUUGUUUUUGUACAUUGUUAUAAUCUAUGCUCGCUCGUUUUGCCUGUGGUAAAGGGAUGUACUUUUUCUGAUUCCAGUUUAAAUUAUACCAUGUAAGUAAAUGUUAUGUUGCCAUGAUUACACCAUAUUCUUUCCACCGAUCGGUAAGAGUGUCCUUGAGCCCUGGAUCUUAAAAUGAGUUUUCAAAGCGUCUUUCGCGUGUGGCGCUACGGUGACCACGGCUGGCGCCACUGAGAGUGGAGGUCCCGGGUGUGUAAAGUGGGUCCGGGAUGUGUAAAGUGGGUCAAAUAACUUCUGAAUGGAGUAGGGCUCAAGUAAACUUUUACCCCCGGUAUACAUCGGGAAGUUGGAAAAGUCAAACUCAUGAGAUGUUGUGUCUGCUCCUGUUCAUCUCUGUGUGCCCCACCCAGAGCAGGUGUCUAUUUCUUCCCUUUCAUUCCACUUAACAACAGCAUGUAUAAAUCAACAGUCUCUGAAAGCCAA